AUGUCACUGGCGAUGAGUUGCAAUUGCAAAAUGGAAGCUGAGAUUUUGUCCACCUCUAUUAUCAAGCUCGUGGAAAAAGAUAUGCUUACCCAAUUCAAAUUCCCUGACGAAAUCAAGCAAGAAAGUGGUUCAAGCGUCAGCUCUUCACCUGUCCGUUUGCGCAAUAACCGCAGCCGUUCUACCUCACUUUUAAAUGCCAUAAGCAGCCGCUUGAAUGCCGGGUCUAUAAUCACCACACGUCUGCGGUCCAACUCGGGGAACAAUUCAGGUCCGACAAGAAGAGAAACUUUUCCAUCAAUGGAGGUUACCGAAGACGACGGCUCGCUGCUUAUGAGGAGUUUGAUCACACGAUUUAGUCUGGUGUCCGUUCCACAGUUCAGAACCCCUACUAGCGAGGGAGAUACAGAUAGCAUUGAUGUUAGACUCGAUUCUGAACGAGCAAAUCUGGUGGAUGAUCAUGUUGACCCUAAGCGGAACUCCAUCACACAAAAGUUUUCCACAGGAGUUACCGAGUUCAUGACCCGCAUUGGUCAGUCACAGAGCCAAAACCAAAGCUUUACCACCAUCGCUAACCAUGCAAGCCAGACUUCGCUCGACCUAAAAGGAGCCGAAGGAGCUCGUAGCAGAACCACCAGUAUACAGAUAAUGGAUCGGUGGUUUGGGGCGAUAUCCCAAUCAGCUCCAGAGGUGGAGCACAACGAUUCGACGGUAGAAUCUCAGGAAGAAUCUUCUGUGUUCAGUGCUCCGAUUAGAGAACUCACAAAGUACCAGGAUACAGACUUUGAUUCACUCACUAUUCAAGAUCUUCGAACUCUCAAAGCAUACUAUGAUCAGCUAUGUACAGAAUUGGGUGUGAGCAAGUCAGAAAGCAAAACCACCGGAGACAGCCACAGUCUUCGGGAAGGGUUAUAG